UUGAAAAGUUCUGCUUCUUGUUGAUAUCUGCGAGUUCAAAAUGAAAACAGGAAAUGGUGUUUGCUACUGCGGGUUGCUAAUCUUUGCACACGCAGAGCCAGAGUUACACUUUCUGUUGUUGGUGUACGUCCCCUUCCGUUCAUUUGGCUUCCCUCUGCCAGAGGGGCCACUCACACACGGCCCAUUGUCUCUUGGUAUGAUCUCAGCAACACUCACCCUGCAGAUGCACACACAUGCACACAUAGAAGCCCUGUCUGUCACUGCAUCACUCUUCACUCACUGGAACACUGUCUACAUUUAUUGCUUUUUCACAAUGAGACACUUUGUCCGAGAUAAAGACCUUCUCCUUCGGCCCUCUGCCUCCUCUCCAUCAUCUCAGGCCUGCACUGUGGCCCCGGGUUGCAGCCCGCCUGUAUGCCAGGUCUCAGCUGCAUCAGGAAACACACUAAUCAGAGUAGAGUUCAUUCCAGGGUGUAUGCUUCUUUUAGUAAAAAAUUGCUUGAAAUCGUUUCUUCUUCCCCGCUGGAAUCAGAGGUGUGUCCCGGCACUCAGAAUGAUCUGAGCUCCACCGGCUCGCAGCAAAAUCAAUACAACCUGAUAAAAGAGCGGUACGAAGGCUGCGAGAUCAUCAUGGGAAACCUGGAGAUCACUCAGAUCGAAAGCAACUGGGACUUCUCCUUCCUCAAGACAAUCCGAGAGGUGACCGGUUACAUCCUUAUUGCCAUGAACCACUUUCAGGAGAUCCCCUUGGGUCAACUACGGGUCAUCAGAGGGAACAGUUUGUAUGAAAAACGCUUUGCCCUGUCGGUUUUCUUCAAUUAUCCUAAGGAUGGCUCCAGUGGGCUGCGGCAGCUAGGGCUUGUGAAUUUGACAGAAAUCCUGGAGGGAGGAGUGCAGAUUAUCAAUAAUAAAUAUCUCAGUUAUGGCCCCUGGAUCUUCUGGCAAGACAUUGUACAAGACAGCAACGCACCAAUAGAAAUCCAGAACAAUGGAGAAAAAGGCUCCUGCCACAAAUCCUGUGGUAAUUAUUGUUGGGGACCAAACGAGCAUCAGUGUCAGAUCCUGACUAAGAUGGUGUGCGCCCCGCAGUGUAACGGCCGCUGCUUUGGAACCAGCCCCCGGGACUGCUGUCACGUAGAGUGUGCAGCAGGAUGCAGAGGCCCUCUGGAUGUAGACUGUUAUGCGUGCCGUCAUUUCAAUGACUCUGGAGCCUGCGUGUCCCAGUGUCCCCAGUCUCUCAUCUACAACAAGCAGAAAUUUCAAAUGGAAACCAACCCCAAUGCAAAGUACCAGUAUGGCUCAAUCUGUGUGUCUAAAUGCCCCACUCAUUUUAUAGUGGAUGGGAGCUCCUGUGUGAGGGUCUGUCCUCCAGACAAAAUGGAGGUGGACCGAGACGGUCAGAAGCAGUGUGAGCCAUGCAGCGGAUUCUGCCCAAAAGUGUGUGAGGGUACGGGUGCAAACCACAGGCAGACGGUUGACUCCAGCAACAUCGACAGCUUCAUCAACUGCACCAAGAUCCAGGGCAGUCUUCACUUCCUGGUCAUGGGAAUCCAUGGAGAUGGAUUUAGGAACAUUCCACCACUUGAUGCCAAAAAGUUAGAAGUUUUCCACACUGUGAGAGAAAUAACAGAUAUUCUAAACAUCCAGUCAUGGCCCACAGAACUGAAAGAUCUUUCUGUGUUUUCAAGCCUCACCACCAUUCAAGGGAGGUCCCUCCACAAGCGUUUCUCCCUGAUGGUGAUGCACAUCCCCACACUGACCUCCCUGGGUCUGCGCUCUCUCCGGGAAAUCAGUGACGGCAGUGUCUACAUCAGCCAGAAUGCCAACCUCUGUUAUCACCACACUGUGGACUGGACGCAGCUGUUCAGAGGCCACCGAGUUCGAAUCAACAAUCUGAGCAACAACAAGCCACUCACAGAGUGUGUUGCAGAGGGUCACGUGUGUGACCCGCUAUGCUCAGAUUCGGGCUGCUGGGGUCCUGGUCCGCAACAGUGUCUUUCCUGCAGGAACCACAGCCGCGAUGGCACGUGUGUGGGAGGCUGUCAUUUUUACUCUGGCACUCCCAGAGAGUCUGCAGGUUCUGAUGGAGAGUGUGUCAGCUGUCAUCCAGAAUGCAAGCCUCAGUGGGGGAAAGUCAGCUGCACAGGACCGGGGGCCAAUGACUGUGUUGCUUGUGCCAAUCUGCGAGACGGUCCUUACUGCGUGUCCUCCUGUCCCUCUGGGGUUAAUGAUGGACAGAAAGGGCUGAUUUUCAAAUAUCCCACUAAGGAAGGUCUAUGUGAGCCGUGUCAUCAAAACUGCACUCAGGGAUGCUUUGGCCCGGGGUUGAGUGAUUGCUUAGAGACAGCAAGGCUGGCAGUGAGCAGCGGGCAGAUCACCGGCAUCGCUUUGGGCGUCCCGUCUGGCUUGAUUUUCUGCCUGGCUAUGGUUUUCCUGGGAGUUCUGUACCACAGGGGCCUCGCCAUCCAGCGCAAAAGGGCCAUGAGGAGAUAUCUGGAGAGCGGAGAGAGCUUUGAACCUCUGGGUCCUGGAGAAAAAGGCACAAAAGUUUACGCCCGGAUUCUGAAGCCAUCUGACCUGAAAAAAAUCAAAGUUCUCGGCUUUGGUGUUUUUGGCACAGUGCACAAAGGCUUUUGGACUCCAGAGGGAGAGUCUGUGAAGAUACCCGUUGCCAUCAAGACCAUCCAGGACAUCUCCGGUCGACAGACGUUCACGGAGAUCACAAAUCACAUGCUUUCCAUGGGUAGUCUGGAUCACCCCUACAUUGUCAGGCUGCUGGGAAUCUGCCCAGGCGCCGCCCUGCAGCUGGUGACGGCGCUCAGCUCUCAGGGCUCCGUACUGGAACACAUCAGACAGAACCGGAGCAGUCUGGACCCUCAGCGGCUGCUCAACUGGUGUGUGCAGAUCGCUAAGGGUAUGUUUUACCUGGAAGAACACUGCAUGGUUCACAAAAACCUGGCCGCCCGCAACGUCUUGUUGAAAAACAACUACCAGGUGCAGAUCUCGGACUACGGCGUGGCAGACCUCCUUUAUUCCGAUGACAAGAAAUACAUCUACACAGACGCAAAGACGCCAAUAAAAUGGAUGGCACUUGAAAGCAUCUUAUUCCGGAGAUACACCCAUCAAAGCGACGUUUGGAGUUAUGGGGUGACGGUGUGGGAGAUGAUGUCCUUUGGCGCUGAGCCGUACGCCUCAGUCCAGCCUCAGGACGUGCCCGGCCUGCUGGAAAAAGGAGAGCGUCUGUCACAGCCUCACAUCUGCACGAUAGAUGUCUACAUGGUGAUGGUUAAAUGCUGGAUGAUUGAUGAAAUUGUGAGGCCGACAUUCAAGGAACUGGCGAGUGACUUCACAAGGAUGGCGAGGGAUCCCCACAGAUACCUUGUCAUCAAGCUGGAAGGAGAAGUUGCUGCUCCAGGUGAGAUUUGUAGAAGGGAAUCGGAAAGAGGACUUCUGGAUCCAGAUUUAGAAGAUCCAGAUGAAGGACUAGAGGACGCUUUGGCUACUCCUCCUCUUCAACAUUCCCCAUCCUGGAGUCUGCCCCGAUCCCGCAUUAAUUCUUACAGGAGUGGCUCAUCUCAGGCUACACCAACUGGAUACCUGCAAAUGACCCCAAGCCCUGUUAACAGCAUCCGCCAGCUGUGGUUUCACCGCGCCCGUCUGAGCUCAGUGCGCACGCUCCCAGACCGAUCAGAUUUCAGGAGAAUCGGCAGGGAGGCAGAGCUGCAUGUGGAGGGUUUACCAACCGGGAGAGGCUGCAGGACAAGGUUUGACUUGGAGAGGAGUACUCCUUGUGCUCCCGUUGGCCAACAAAGAAAACUUUCAACUGCCUCAAGUCCAUCGUCCUACAAAGUGUGGACAGCAGAGGAAGAGGAGGAAGAUGUGGAUCGCCAUGGCUACGUUCUUCCUGGGUCACCUUGCAACUCAGAUAGAGUUUUCCAGAUCUGUAAUUCUGGACAAGGGAACUCCAGGUUGAAAAGUAACCUGGUGCUUGUGGCGACGAACCCCCAAGAAUAUGAAACCAUGAACACAGAGCCUGCUUCUUCUCCAUCUUCGGGCAGCAGUGCAAAUGGAGAUGACUUUCUGGUGUUGCCCUCCCCAACACUUAUGGCGUUGUCGUAUAUGAAAGACACAUCCUAUGAUGAAACAGCGAGGAGUAACAAAGUGCACAAUGAUAAAGCUGCAAACAACCAAAGAGAUUCUACGGACACAAAUCAGGAUGUAAACAGUCAAACAGAGACAGACCACAAGAGUGGCAGGUAUGAAUACAUGGAGAUCACAAGGUCCAAGUCUUCAGACGAAUUUGAUCUUAAGUUGGAUGCAAGUCAAAUGUUGGAUGUAAAGACAGAAGAAACAAAUCAAGCAGUUGAGGUUCUCACAAACCAGCACAAGGAGGAAGAGGAAACGGUGAAGAUCCAUGACACAAACCAUCAGUCCACUCUUCCAGAGGAUCUGAGCUGUGUGGUCACUCAUGUGCCAGAUGUGCUGGUAGCUGGAGGAGGCAAAGUGGAAGAGUAUGAAGAGAUGGUUUUUGGAGUGGUGCCUGAUGGGUGGAGGCACACAGAAUAUCAGAACCUCCCAGUGAGGGGAAGGGCUAUUCCUGAGGAGAAGGCUGGGGGCAGGUGUGCAGGGACGGGGGAUUACAUCAAGGUGUGUUCUGGCUUGGGUGAUGCAGGCAACAACACAUCCUUUGAUAACCCAGACUACUGGCACAGCAGGCUGUUCCUCAAACCAGAUGCUGUGCGCACCUAAUGGAACUGCUGCCCAUACACAACUUACAGAUUUAAGAUGACGAACAUACAUGUAUAAUUUUAUGUUGUGCUACAAUUUUUGCAUAUAUUUUUAAAAGAAUACAUUUUUUUAAGUAUGCUUUUUUUUGUAUCUCUUUGCAUCAUGUAAAAACCGCUAAAUUCAAAAACAAAGAUUAUUCCAGAUUAAUGGGGACACUUAUUUCAAAUUCCAAUAAUUUGAACAAGUAAAAUGGCAACUUUAAAACGCUCUCUGUACCUCUCAUAUAAGCAUAAUCACAUAUUGUGUUUUUACUGUAUCCAGUUUGAAAUGUUAUGCAUUUUUUUAAGUUCUGCUUUUUUACUUUGUUUGUAAACAUCUUAAAAAAGAAAAA